AUGAAGAGAUUACUGCUGCUGGCACUCUUUCACCUUUGCUAACUGUCUUUUCAGGUAAGGGCUUCCCCAAUUCUGACAGAAAAGCAGGCCAAACAGCUCCUGAGAUCCCGGCGCCAGGACCGGCCCAGCAAACCCGGCUUCCCCGAUGAACCUUUGCGGGAGUAUAUGCACCAUCUGCUCCGCCUGGAGCACCGUGCUGAGGAGCAGUUCCUGGAGCACUGGCUGAACCCCCACUGCAAGCCUCACUGCGACAGGAACUUGGUCCAUCCUGUGUAA